ACCUCGUCAUCGUGCCUGAUCGAUAAUUUCGUUGCCUAUUCUCCAAGGCCAUAAAGUAUUCACUUUUCGUGCAACACCAAGCACUUGCCAGCUCAACAGCCAACCCUUUCCUAUCUACGACUCUACAUCGCAAAAAUCAAUCGCCAUGGCUCGCAUUCAGAUCCCGCUGGACGUCAUUACGUCCCGCAUCAACUUUGGCGAGCGCUUCCAGGGCCUUCGCUCUGGUCCUCUCAGUGGUCGCUUCUCCAACCUUCGACCUCUGUCCGAGUUCCUCGACGUCAAGCGAGUCUCGAAGCCCGCCAACUUUGCCGAGAUGCAGUCGCGCGUCAACUAUAACCUGAGCCAUUUCUCGAGCAACUAUGCUGUCAUCUUCGUCAUGCUCAGCAUCUACGCUCUGCUCACCAACUGGGUCCUGCUCUUCGACAUCAUCUUUGUCGUCGCUAGCAUGUGGAUCAUUGGCCGCCUCGACGGCAAUGAUCUUGAGAUUGGUACCUUCCGUGCCAGCACUUCUCAACUCUACACUGGACUCGUCGUCAUCGCCGUGCCUCUUGGUCUGUGGGCUUCGCCCUUCUCGACCAUGCUCUGGCUGGUUGGCGCAUCUGGCGUGACCAUCAUUGGUCACGCCGCAUUUAUGGACAAGCCCAUCGAUGAGGCUUUUUCCGGGGAGGCGGUCUAGGUGGUCGGCCGCGAGCUCCCGAAUUUGCGCCCCAAUGGGGAAGACCAUCGCGGCGCAGGCGGAGGAGACAAGACGGGGACGCUGCGUCGCACGGGCGCCGAGAGGGAGACGCUCGUGUGGAGGAGUUGGGUUCAGAUGAGGAUAAUGAAACGAAUACACAAGGCGUUGGGAUUUCUUCGGGGACUGCGGCUGGUUUUGCCAGCGACGCUCUUCGAUUCACGGGUGUAGACAUGGGCGAUCG